AAAAAAAUGAAGAGGAAGGAAUGAGAAUGAAAGAAAAAGAGUCGAAAGUAAAGGAAAGAAUUGAAAGAAAAUGGCAAAGAAAAAGAAUCGUAGAGAGAAAGAAUAAAGAUAAGGAAAAUGGUAAAAGGAAUAGAAAGGGAAAAAUGAAGAUAAGGAAAAGUAGAAAAAGGAGUCAAAAGAAUGAAUAA